UCCCCGGGAGCCCCUGAAGGCAGCAGCAGGAGGAGGAGGAUGGAACCCUGGCAACGCUGUCACAAAGCUAACGUUAUCCGUGCUAAGCCCUGUGAACGCACCAGCUUUGUCAACAUGCACCUACGUCUUCAUCAAGGCUCGCCGACGUUCAAUAUUCACUCCGUAGCUUCCUCUAAAGCCUGUUAACGAGUUUACGAUGGCCUUUUUCAACGAGCCGAGCUAGCGAAGUUUUUUCUUUUUCUUUCGUCGUAGCCCAAAUCAGUGGAGCAGCUAACCAGAACGAGUUGUUUGUUAGCUUAAAGCUGGCUUUGGUGAACAUGGCGAUUGUGUCUGGCUCCUGCGCCCGGGUGAACGGCUCCAGAAACGGGCCUUCCCCGUCGUCGGCCACGCCGUCCGGAUCCGUCGCGCAAUCUCAGCCCAUGAUCGCGGUGUGGGAAUGGCAGGACGACCUGGGCUACUGGCGGCCUUACAGCGGCCAAGUGAGCGCCCACAUCGAGCGGUGUCUGUCCCCGCGGGGCCAGAGAGCAGCGGGACCCGGCGCGACGAGCAUCUGCCUCGGACAAUCAGACCCCAGCCUGUCGCCGUAUCUCAUUGACAUACCGAGCUUGAAACAGUUUCGACAGGACACCGGGAAGACGAGGUCAGUACGCCGGUCCCUGUUCGCCCAGUCCUCAGGCCUCGGCAGUGGUGUUUACUGGGAGUGGAUCAACGACGAAGGGGGGUGGACUCCGUACGAGACUCGCACCUCCAUCCUUCUGGAGCACAGCUACCAGGCCCGCCAGGGCACUGCGGACCUGGGCCCGCACGGAUACAACUACAUCGUGGACCUUACGUCUCUGGCCCAGGUGAACAAAGCGACGGGGUUCAGACGGCAGGUCCGGCGGCAGUGCAACCUCCCCUACCCGCUGGCCUCGUCCGGGCCCCCGGCCAUCCCCUCCAGCGCCUCGGGCCCCUCGGGCCCCUCCUGCUCCUGCCAGCAGUGCUUGAGCCACAGCAGCACGGGACCCAUGCCCAGCCGCUCGCGCCACUCCUUUUCGUCGGGCAGCCUGAACCGGCCCAGCCUCCAGGCGACGGGGAGGGCCGCGGCGACUCACCCCGCUUCGGUCUACUCGCCGUACCCGAGGAGACCCCUCUCCGUGGGGGGGAUGUCCUGGGGCAGCCCCUGGCCUCCGCCGCCGUCCGCCAGUCAGCUGUCUGCACCCCUAAUGGCCAGCUCUGCCAGCGCCAACGGGCUAAGUGUCCCUUCCAUCGCUGUGCAGCUGAAUGGAUCCACCAGCGUGAGCUCUGCCCUCGCAGGCAUGGCCUCCAUUUUGAUGUCAGCGGUGGGACUCGGCGUGCACUUCACCACUGCCCCCCUCCCUCAGCAUCAGCAUCAGCAGCAGCAGCAGCAGCCGCCGCCGCCACAUCAGCUACAGCCGCUACAGCCGCCUGCUCCCUUCUCGCUUCCUCCUCCUCUCCUCCCCCCUGCCAGCAGGCCCAGCAAGCCCCCCAGCAGCAGCAGCAGCAGCAGCAGUUCAGUUAGGAGAGCAAAGAGGCAGCACAGGAGAGCCUCGGCGCAGAGACCCGAGGACGUGAUUCAGCGCUACAUGGAGGUAGUGGCCGGCGUGCAGGAUGAGGACUGCAUCAUCUGCAUGGAUCAACUGUCCAACCCGUCCGGCUACGAGACGCAGCCCACAGAGGAGGGGGGGCACAGCAUCCUGCCCGACACCGUGGGGAAAUUCAUCAAGUGUGGACACACCCUGCACAUGCUCUGCAUGCUGGCCAUGUACAACAACGGAACCAAGGACGGCAGCCUGCAGUGUCCCUCGUGUAAGACAAUCUACGGAGAGAAGACCGGCACGCAGCCCAAAGGCAAGAUGGAGAUCUACAGCAUCGCCCAGUCGCUGCCCGGCCACCCGGACUGCGGCACCAUCCAGAUCAUCUACAGCAUACCGCCGGGCCUGCAGGGCCCGGAGCACCCCAACCCGGGUCAGCCGUACACCUGCAGAGGCUUCCCCCGCUUCUGUUUCCUACCCGACAACGACAAGGGCAGGAAGGUGCUGGAGCUGCUGAAGGUGGCGUGGAUGCGGCGCCUCAUCUUCAUCGUGGGGACGUCCAGCACCACCGGCGAGCCCGACACGGUGGUGUGGAACGGCAUCCACCACAAGACGGAGAUGCUGUCCAACAUGUCGGGCCACGGCUACCCGGACCCCAACUACCUGGACAACGUCCUGUCGGAGCUGGCGUCUCAGGGCGUGACGGAGGACUGCUUCAAGCCUCCGGGCGGCGGCGGCGGCAGCUAGGUCACAGCGCCGAGCUUCACGCCGCAGAUAAGAUCCACUUCCCUCGGACCAGCUGGACCUUCUGCAGCCUCCGUCGAUUCAGCAUCUGCCCAAACCUCACGGAGAGAGCCCAGCGGGGAGGGGCGCGAGAGCCGAUUGGAGGUCUCAUUCUCCACCACAUUCCUGCUCAUCACAUGAUCCCGGAGGCUGAACUUCAUCUCCUUUUUUUUAAUACAUGUGUAUACAUAUAUAAAACAAGAAAAGCCCCCCUCAGCCUGGAGACUUGUGUCUGUUGGGUCCAGCCAGCGCCAACAUGGCCGCUCUCAUCUCUCAUCAAGCACUUUAGCUCUGAUUUUACUUUUUCACUGCAAUAUAUUAAAAGUCAUGCACUUGGGGUGGAAACGUGUCCUCAGCCAGAAAUCACUAAAAAGAGGAAAAAGCGAGUGGCGUUUCUUUUUUGAUUUGCUUUUCACAAGUUGGAAAACACUGGAAAAACAUCCGUCUACAUCUGCGUUAUUAAUGUUAGAAAAGCAAUGGAGGCUCUACGUAUUAACACAAAGGUUCACAGAGCACGUGACUAAUCAAUCACGGCUUCCUAGUUGCUCCGAGGAGCUCAGAAUUUAAUGUUUUUUUUUUUUUACACAAUGUGUUUAAUCUGUUUUUUCGGGGGGGGGCGGAAUUUGAAAUGAGACCCGUAGAAUAAAAUGCUGUUAGUGAAACGUAACCAUUUAAAGCGUAGUGAGGGAGCACAGGGACAAUGAAAAGAAGAUUUCUGGCUCCAGAGGUCAAAGGGCAGGUCGGUUCCAGAUUGGGAGGUUAUGCAAUCAAAAGACAACCUGACACUAUAUAAAUAUAUAUAUAUAUAUAUUCAUGUGUAUAUAUAUAUAAGCCGGUCUGAUGAGAAGAGGCAAUACUGAUGUGAAACACCAUUUAACAGAUUGGAUCAUCUGUCGUUAUAUUUGACUCCCGAACAUCAAUCGGUAAGCGGAUGUUCAACGUGGCCACACAUUGGGAGGAGAGAGACCUCAGUGCUAAAAAAAAAAUAGAAAAGGCUAAACACUUGACAGUGUGACAAUCAAGGUCAUCGAACUUAAACAAGACGCAUGCAGCCCCCCCUCCGCUGGCUGUGAGCUCACUUCCUGUUACACGUCGAACUGAGUCGCUGAAAUAAAAAAAAAAGAGGCAAACUGAACCGCGACUCUUGACUUCAUCCAUUUGGGAAGAGAAAGAGGGGGGCUCUUAUACUCCGAUUUCCUGUCGAUUAAACACCCCGCUGUAAAAGAAUAAGAAACUGCCGACAAAGUGCAAAGUGCAAGGCAACACAUUUUAAUUGAAAGGCCUAAUUGGCGUUAAGGUACAGCGUUAUUACACAUCGUCAUCGCAGUAAUAACAUACCUUCCUUUCCUUUACAUGAUACAUUCAGGCUGACUUUAAAAUGACAUAUUGUACAAUAUGUUAAUGUGGCGCUAACAUAAAAAGGCCGUGUUCGGAGCGUGUUUUUUUCCACGUUCGACCCGUCGGGCAAAAUGAGUCCUUUUCGUUUCUUAAUUUCCUUUUAAUCAAGGAUCCGUUUGAUCUGAUUCCAGCGGAGAGACGCGUUAGUGUUGUGAGCUGCAUCACAGAAUCAUGUAUUUUACAUCCCUGCACAUCAUGUUAUAUUUCAAUAAAUAUAAUAAAU